CCAGGGAUGCAGAAACCCAGCUAAAGUUCCUCCUUUCCUUCACGUCCACAGUUAGCAUCUUUUGCUGUGUGAGAAGGGAUUCAGUCAACAUCCUGUGAACGAUGCUGAUGGUAUUGCCGACGGAGUGGGCUUUAAGCUACAGUAUGCUGUUUCUGUUUGUGAUCCUCAGAGCCUAGCCAAAUCACCUCUGCUGCCGUACCGAACACUGUGGUGGGAGGCUGCUUCUUGACUGUGUUUUGAAAUGGGGAGUAGAGAAUGGCUUAUCUUUUAAUUCAUUCCUGAAAAUGCAUUCUUUGGGUGAUUGAGGAGGACCUGCUUUCCUAAGACAUACCUGAUCUUUUAGUUCAGAUUGGUCUGUGACCCCACCACCACCACCAUUAACCUCCAAAGUGAUUCGCCUACCCCUCUUGUAUUCCCAUGGAAGGAGCUGAGUGUAUUUAAUAUUAGGAGCACACCCAGAAGUCUUUGAGGAGGGGGAUGGCUCUUCAUAUUCAUGAAGCUUGCAUACUUCUAUUGGUCAUCCCUGGAUUGGUCACCUCUGCCGCCAUCAGUCAUGAAGACUAUCCUGCUGAUGAAGAUGGACCUGUUUGUGACCAGCCAGAAUGCCCUAAAAUUCAUCCGAAAUGUACAAAAGUGGAACACAACGGAUGCUGUCCCGAGUGUAAAGAAGUGAAAAACUUUUGUGAAUAUCAUGGAAAAAAUUACAAAAUCUUGGAGGAAUUUAAGCCCUCUCCAUGUGAAUGGUGUCGCUGUGAGCCCAGCAAUGAAGUUCACUGUGUUGUAGCAGACUGCGCAGUUCCUGAGUGUGUCAACCCAGUCUAUGAACCAGAACAAUGUUGUCCUGUCUGCAAAAAUGGUCCAAACUGCUUUGCAGGAACUACAAUAAUUCCAGCUGGCAUUGAAGUGAAAGUGGACGAAUGUAACAUCUGUCACUGUCACAACGGGGACUGGUGGAAGCCUGCUCAGUGUUCAAAGCGCGAAUGCCAAGGCAAGCAGACUGUGUAGGAGCAAUUCCCGACCAAUGACAAGUUCUUAGGAAAGGAUGCUAUGGCUUCUACACUGCACAUGUUUAACACUAAACAAAACAAGCAAACAAGCUCCUGCCAGCUACAACAGGGUCACCAGCAAAACCUUUUGGGGUUGACAAAAGUGAAUAUUUUACUAAGAGGAAAUUUCUCUUUAUAUAU